CGGCACGUCGCUUAUGCGAUGGUUAUCGUCUCUCCCCACACUUCUCCCACGCUGCAACGCCGAUAAAACGGAAAUCCCGGAAUUACGCCAGCACGAAUGAUGCCCGCCUCCGCCGCACCCUCCGACGAGCUCGAGUACUUCGACACGCACAGCGCGCCGGCGCACCUCGCCGCCAUCUCCACGCAGCUGCAGGAAUUCGUCAACCUGCACCACGCGCACGGCCGCCGAGUAGUCCUCGUCUCCUCCGGCGGCACCACCGUCCCGCUCGAGAACCAGACCGUGCGGUUCAUCGACAACUUCUCGGCGGGCACGCGCGGCGCCACGUCGGCGGAAUACUUUCUCGAGGCCGGCUACGCCGUUGUGUUCUUGCACCGCCAGUUCUCGCUGCUGCCGUACUCGCGCCACUACUCGCACUCGACAAACUGCUUCCUCGACUACCUGUCUGAGUGGGGGCGCAUCGGCGAGGACGGCGAUGGCGCUAGUUCCGACGGCGGCGAUGUGGUUGUGCGCGAGCGCUAUCGCGCGCAGAUGCUCGAUGUGCUCAGGAAGUACCGCCGCGCUAAGGAGCAGAAGACGCUGUUCCUGCUGCCGUACACCACCGUCACCAGCUACCUGUUCCUCCUCCGCGAGGUCGCGCUGCGGAUGCAGGUCCUUCGCAAUGACGCGCUGUUCUACCUCGCCGCGGCCGUGAGCGACUUCUUCGUGCCGCCCGACAGGAUGGCCGAGCACAAGAUACAGAGCGGCGAUCUACCGGGGGCGCCGGACACGGCGGGGGCGAGGGCAGAUACUACCGCGGCUGCCGCGGUGGCAGGGAUGGAAGCGCACGACGACGACAGCGGGCUGGGCGCGCGCGGAAAGAAACUGGUGAUCGAUCUGGAUCCCGUGCCAAAGUUUCUGAAACGGCUAGUAGAAGGGUGGGCGCCGCACGCCAUGAUCAUAUCCUUCAAGCUCGAAACCGACCCGAACAUCCUGCUCUACAAGUGCCACCAGGCGCUGAACCGCUACAGCCACCACCUGGUCAUCGGGAAUCUGCUGUCGACACGGAAGUUCGAGGUGGUGUUCGUGGACAAGAAGGCGGACCAGUGGAUCCGCGUACCGGAGGCGCGCGAGGGCCAGGAGCAGGUCGAAAUCGAGAGCCUCAUCGUACCCGAGGUGGUAAGGAGACAUGAUCGCGCGAUUGGCGCGAAGGAGGCGGGUGAACCUGCUAGUUAGGAGACGGCUGACUGGCCGGUACCGCGCCUGCUGCUAUGUGCUGUUGCUUGCUUGUUCCUGUAUAUAUCCGUGGAAAAAUGGCGACCCGCUCUACAUAGGAGACUUUGGUAGGAUGGGGUGCGGGGCAUCCCCGACCUCCCUCCUGUCCCACCUCGCCGCUUUUCUCCCGUCCUUUGAGCUCU